GUCCGUGACAGUGGGGCUGUCCUCGCGCUGCGCCGGCGUGCGGGGCCGCUGCGGCGUGCGCGUGCCGUGGAGGCCGCCUGGUGUCAGAAGAUCUCUUAGCGCGCGCACGGGGAGUCGCUUCGCCACGAGUGAACGAGCUGUGCGGGAACAUGAUGUGAGUGAUGCGUGUUCUUCGGCAGCUCGUGGGUGUCUUAUACGGCGAAGCAAGAUGAGGAGGCUUCGGCUCGUGAUCGGGAUGUGGUCAUGUGCCCCCUAUGCCUUAUCUGGGCACCUCGCCCGGUCGACGUAACCGCAAGCUACAGGUAUGCAUGGGCGUCUACGCGGAUACGUAGGGCACGGAGUGAGUGCCGGCGCAGUUUGACGUCGGCGGUAGCCUGCGGACAGUUGAUCAGAAUGCGCCCAGCAUCACGCCGACAUCAGACUAUGUGCAUGAUGAUGGAGCUUCGCAGGCUCGUCUGGGACUUCUCACUACAACAUGAACGCCUUUCUCGUGCCUCUCCAUACUGGCGCUUACGCCUUGCCGUCCAUGCCCGAGUUCCGGUGCUCCUUGUCUCCGUGGUAGCUCUCGGCGUGGUGCGCGUGGUAAGUGCCCUCGAGGCCAGGGCGGUGGUCGGGGUCGUCGAGGAAGUCGAUGCCGAGGUUGGAGAAGCGGCGGGGGCGGCCCUCGGCAAACUUCAUGUCGAAGAUCUCGAAAUCGCCCUUCGUCUCGGUCUCGGCCUGGCGGUUGGGGACUGUGUGAGCGAGUACCCAGGCUCUACACCAUGUCCAGACUCCCUCGACGGCGCGCAGAGUAGUGUGGCUCCGACUCACCUCCGCGGGUGUUCAUCGUCAGUAAUAGGUAGGACAAGUGGCAAGGGCUCGACCGGCGGUGACGCUGGUCAUCUGCUCUUAUGCUGGCUGCGUGGUCACAUGCAUCAUGGAUGUGGUGGGUGGUCACUUAAGAAUCACGAAGGAGAAAGCCGACAUACCGCGGUGAUGUGUGCCUUCUCAGCCCCCACCUGCAAGCGAGUAGUUGGGGCGGGUGGUCGUCCCACCGUACAUUGCUUCUGACUACGACGCUGCACAUGAUGCUCGCCGUGGCGCGGUAGUUAUAAGCACGCACGACCACGACGUCGCCACCACACAUCCGCUCACUCACGCCGACAUAUCUAUCAAUCCGUUACCCACCCCACUCAACUCCCCGUACCAUGAGUUCUUGGCCUCCUGCUUGGACAGACGACUUCGAGUAUGGCUUCGCGUUCGACCCCUCGACGUGGGAAGAGCCUGCGCCCCAGCCGCCGCCCGCUCCUACGCCGGCCACGGACAAGUAGACGGAAGUCACCGUAGCGAGGGAUUGUGCGGGGGUUCAGAGGAGUGUGUGGGCCUUACAGAUGGACACAUGGCUCCAGGAGCGCGCAGUGAUUGCAUCUUGUAGUUGUUGUGAAGUGUACAUGUACAGAUACUUGCCUGUCGCGACUUGGUCGGUAGACGUGUGACGUCAUGCCCAG